UGAUCAACGAGUGCAUCAUAAUCCCCGACCGGCGUCGCCAUGGUUAAGGGCGACCCGCGGCCGCCCCUGAUGUUCCCCGGGGGCGGCGGCUCCACCACCGCCUACCGCAAAAUCCGCAAAUACUUCCGUCGCCUGUUCAAAUUCGACCAGAUGGACUUUCAGUUCGCCGCCUGGCAAAUGUUUUACCUGCUGAUGGCCCCCCAAAAACUGACGAAAGUAUUUCGCGCGCGUAAAAAUUUCAAAUCGCAAUACGCCCGCGACGAUCCCGCCUUCUUGAUUUUGUUCGUGGCCGCCCUUUUUAUCACGUCGAUCGGGUUCGCGGUCGCCCUCGAUUACGGUCCCCGGCAGUUUUUCAAGUUUAUCGCCGUCGAAAUUUUCGUCGAUUGUAUCGGGAUCGGGCUGGUGAUCGCGACCGGUUUGUGGUACGUCACGAAUCGGUUCUUGAAGCCGAAACAGGUGCCGCAGGACGUAGAGUGGGGGUUCGCCUUCGAUAUACACCUGAACGCCUUCUUUCCCCCCUUAAUUUUGCUCCAUUUUUUCCUUAUUAUUUUUUAUAAUUUGUUCUUGUAUCGUGAGGGCAGCACGGUGUCGGUGGUGCUGGGGAACUUUUUCUGGUUGGCGGCCGCCAUUUACUACGUUUACAUCACGUUUUUGGGUUACAAUUCGAUGCAGAUCUUGCGGAAUAUUCAUUUGUUCUUGGCGCCGAUUCCCUGGCUCGUAUUUGCUUAUUUGUGCACCGUUUACAUGGGAUUUAAUAUAUCCAGGGCCGUGUUCGAGAUGUACAGGCAACGGGUGGUUUAAUAAAGUCGUUUUUAAGGUUUA